UGAUAUGUGGUUUUUUGUCUAUGAGGAAUAACAGUGGAACAGAAGUGCCGGAUAAUUAAAUUUUGCUAGUAGAAAAAAAAUAACUAAUGUACAUAAUAAAAUGAAUUUCAACAAUUUGUUAAAUAUUAUAUAAAAAAAGUGUAUUAAAAUAAUUGUAAAAUUGCCUUUAGAAAAGGGGAAUAAUUUAUAUUUUAUAGUUAGUUACAAAAUUGUACUCUUCAAUCUAACACGACAAUAUAGUACAGAUUUUUUAAUUUUAACACCUAAGAGAAAAACAUAGGUGAAAAAUAUGCUGUAUUGUCCUCCAAAUGUAACUUUAUCCCAAUUUUGGGUUAAUCAUGGAAUCUCCCACUGUUUUAUGGACACAGUAUUUACAUCAAUAACAGCGGGCUUUUUAAUAAUAUUUGGAACAUUGGAACUAUUGAUGUAUUGGAAAUACGCUACACCUAUUACAGAUACAAAUCAAAUACCAAGAUCAAAACUUUAUAAAUUUCAAAUAUUUUUAUUAUUUUUAUUCCCUUUACUUGUUAAUGUAAGAUUUGUGUUAAAUGGCUUUGUUUAUAAAAACGCAGUUAUUUACGGCUUUAUGAUUUUUUCAACAAUUUUAACUACCAUUUCUUUUAGUUUAUCAGUUGCUUUGGUUAGAAAAGAAAGGUAUUACUUAUUACCCUCAGUUCCAACAAGAGGACAUGGAUUUAUUUUGCUGCUAUUUUGGACGAUGUUAUUUAUAGUUGAGAAUUUAUCAUUUGUUAAUAUGAGACAUGAAGACUGGUGGUUCAACCUAAAAACUACAAAAGAUAAAAUUGAGAUGAGUUUAUUUAUAAUACGAUAUACUUCAGCGUUAUUAAUAUUUAUAUUGGGAUUGAAAGCUCCUGGAAUAAUGGUACCUAUAGGUGUAGAAGAAUUGUUAUUACCACCAGAUGAAAAUACAUCAGCGUUUAGAAAUGCGUUCAAAAAAUUGCGUAAACUAUUUCCAUACAUAUGGCCGAAAAAAGAUUUUCUUUUACAGUCUAGAGUUUUGAUUUGCAUCUUAUUGUUAAUUAGUGGUCGUGUGAUCAAACUAUUUCUACCUUUGUAUCGGAAAGCUAUCGUUGACAGUUUGACGAUUGCUCCAAUAUAUUUUCGAUGGGAUUUUGUUUUAAUAUUUGUUGCGUUAUCAUUUUUACAAGGAAGUGGUACAGGAAGUAUGGGAUUAUUAAAUAACUUGCGUCAAUUUUUAUGGAUUAGGGUACAACAAUAUACAACAAGAGAAAUUCAAGUAGAUUUAUUCCGUCAUUUGCAUAACCUCUCGCUACGAUGGCAUUUACAACGUAAAACGGGAGAAGUUCUAAGAAUUAUGGAUAGAGGAACUGAUUCAAUUGACAAUUUACUUAAUUACAUUCUUUUUUCGAUUGCUCCAACUAUCGCUGAUUUAAUUGUUGCUGUUAUAUUUUUUAUUGUUGCAUUCAAUGGAUGGUUUGGUUUAAUAGUAUUUGUUACUAUGACAUUAUAUAUAGUUAGUACCAUAGUGAUCACAGAGUGGAGAACUAAAUAUCAAAGAAGUAAAAAUUUAGCAGAAAAUGCAGCUCGUGCAAGAAGUGUGGAUUCACUUUUAAAUUUUGAAACUGUAAAAUAUUAUGGUGCCGAAAAGUAUGAAGUAGACAGUUUUCGUGAAGCUAUUGAAAAGUUCCAAGUAGAAGAAUGGCGUACAUUGGUUACUUUAAAUAUUCUCAAUACAGCUCAAAAUAUUAUUCUUUGCUCAGGUUUAUUAGCUGGUUCAAUGCUUUGCGUUUACGAUGUGGCAACCAUAAAAAAUUUAACUGUUGGUGACUAUGUAUUAUUUAUCUCUUAUCUAGUUGAACUUUAUAUGCCACUAAAUUGGUUUGGAACAUAUUAUCGCGCAAUUCAGAAAAAUUUCAUUGACAUGGAAAAUAUGUUUGAUUUAUUAAGAGAGGAAGAAGAAGUUUUUGAUGCCCCAUGUGCUUCUUUAUUGCAAGCCUCCGCAGGCAAAAUAGAAUUUUCAAAUGUUAGUUUUGGCUAUUCACCAGAUCGUAUUGUUUUGAAAAAUGUAAGUUUUUGUGUUCCUGCUGGCAAAACUGUUGCUAUUGUCGGUCCAUCAGGAGCUGGAAAAAGCACAAUAGUUCGUUUGCUAUUCCGUUUUUACGAUAUUAGUAGUGGAGCAAUACUAAUUGACGGACAAAAUGUUAAAAUGGUGACACAAGAAUCAUUGAGAAAAUCCAUUGGUGUUGUACCGCAAGAUACUGUUCUGUUCAAUAACACAAUUUACUAUAACAUUGAAUAUGGCCGCAUUGGAGCAGAACCCGAUGCAGUUUUUAGUGCAGCUCGUAGUGCAGAUAUACAUGAUAAAAUUCAAACUUUCCCAGAUCGUUAUGAUACUCAAGUGGGUGAAAGAGGUUUAAGAUUAAGUGGAGGUGAAAAGCAACGCGUUGCUAUAGCAAGAACGCUUUUAAAGUCGCCAAUUAUCGUUCUCUUAGAUGAAGCAACAAGUGCUUUGGAUACUCAUACAGAACGUAAUAUUCAAUCAGCAAUUGCACAAGUGUGUGCUAAUCGAACUACAAUUAUUAUUGCACAUCGUUUAUCAACUAUUAUUCAUGCUGAUGAAAUAUUAGUAUUAAAAGACGGAUCUAUUGUAGAAAGAGGUAAACACGAUGAACUACUAUCAUAUAAUAAUGGUGUUUACCGAGAUAUGUGGGAACAACAAUUGAAAAAUCUUGAUGCUGAAAAUAGGAAACAAGAAAUUAAAACAACUAGUGAUGAUAAAAACGAUAAAACAACAGAAAACGAAGCUCAUGGUCAUCAUUAAAGAACUUUGUUUUAAUUAAUUGCAUAGUAUUGUAGUAAUAUAUAAAGCUAUUAAUAUAAAAAGCAAUUUAGGAAAAUUUUGAUUCAUCCUCGCAGAUCUUAAAAAAAUAAUACUUUUACUUUGUUAAAAUACACUUGAAAAUGUUAAAUAAGCGAUCUGCUCCAAAGUAAUGAUUUUUUGUUAUAAUAUUAAAAUCAUAUCGUCGCUAUCAUCUUUUUUAUCAUCAUAUUAAAAUCAUCGAGAUCAAUUAAAUUUAAGAAUACAAAAUUUACACUUAUAUCCUGAGUUUUUCUAUUGUGAUUGUUUUGUUUUUGUUUCACUUAAAAUUAAAUGGAAAAAAUUGAAGUAGAAUGUGAAUGUUUAUAUUUAUCAAAAAAUAUUGGUAUGUGGUUUAGUCUAUUGUUUGUCAAUAGAAAAAUGUACUGGGAGAAGAAUAAAAUCAAUAAAAAAACAUAUUUUUUCA